AUGUCAUUAUUUACUUAAUUGUUUUCACAUCUGAGGACAACUCUUAGUUCCUAAAAUUAAUGUGAGGCAGAGCAAAACGAAAAUUAAGUGCCAUCUUAAAUUUAACCAGCCUAGAAUUAGCAUCAAUAAAACCUAGAUUAUUAAGCUAUAAAGCAGUAGUAGUUGACAAAGAAACAGAAAAAGUAAAAUGAAUUAGACUAAUUAAGUAAAGAAGAAAAUGAGUUCUUAAGCGACUAAAAGCGCAAGAUUCUGCAAUUCAUUAAGAAGAACACUGACGAUAGUAAAUAGGUUAAUGAUGAGCGCCAUAAGCUCAAACAGAAUUACUAUAAAUAGUCAAAUGAUGCCAAGUACAAGCACAAUAUGGCUAAGAGGUCAAAUGAUUCCCAGAGAGGAGAUUUCGUUAAAGCCACUGGCCAGUAUUCAAUUAGAUUUUUGUUUUUGCGAACUGACGAUGAUGUUCUCUAUUAGUACAAGAGAAAACUAAGAGCGAAGAUAUAAUGGGAUCUUUUGAUAGAGUAACACUGGUGUGUUUUGGCAGGUGCAGCACUUUUUGGAUUGACUAGAUUGCUGAAGAAAAAAAGUUAGUUUGAUGGGUUGUAUUUUUUAGUCCCUUACACAUUGGUGAACUAUUGCUUCUUCGUAGAGCGUUUACACACUCUAUAUGAAAUUGGAUAUCCCUCUCAUCCUUUGAUAUUCCAAGCCAGAACCUAAGUUGUCAACAAUAUGUGCUAUGCUUACCCUACGAUAUUAAAGAAUGAAAUUGAAUAUUUGCACUCUAAAAUUCAUGAGAUUGACUCAGAAAAAGCUGAAGAGGAGCCAACGAAAAACAGAUAUGAGCGAGAGUUCACUGCAGGUAAGGGUGCAGCUUAGUCAAGAUUUAAGAUAAUAGUUCAAGAUGGAAAGAUAUACUUGAGUUGCAUCGAUAAGUUUGAAGACAUCUUCGAGAUCUCUAGAGAAAUAGUGUCUGAGAUGGAAUUGACAGAUAUUCUAGAUCCAGGUAUGUUUGAGAAUCACAAGGAUAUCACUAAUGCUUUGUUUGACGUGUAUCUCGACCUGGGAAAGGAUUAUAUAAAGACAAAGUUUUAGCCAAGAAAUGAAAUGUAAAGAAAGGCACUGGAGAGGAUAUAAAAUAAAUAUGGAGUUGAUAUCCAGGAAUAGUUAAAAAGUUAAGUAGAUAAAGAUGGGCUAAAGGAGGCAACGGAACUUAUAAAAAGUUUUGGGAAAUGA